UUGAAUAAAAAUAUAUCAAAACAAGUUCUUUCUAGUAAUAAUGAAUUAGAAAGUAUAAAUGAUCAAAUAAGUCGAUUAGAAAAUGAAAUUGAAAAAAUUACCUUUGCUGAUAUUGUAGAAUAUAUUUCUAAUAAAGUUAAUAGUCUUGAGCAAAAUGCCAGUUUUUCUUUUAACUUAUUUACAACUAGGCCUACUAUUUCAGUACAUCAUUCUGGUGUUGGUAAAUUCUACUUUGCAUAUUCUCAGUAUCGUAAACUAGAAUGUGAAUAUAAAGAAUCUAACAAAAAAAGGAUAGUUCGUUUUGAUUAUCAUAGUAAGCUAAAUGUUAAUUUAGAUAUAGCAGUAAAAGAAGCAAAAAUAAAGCUUAGUCAUGAUUUUCAGCAUGAAAAGCCUAUAGAUAUCACAACUCCAGAAGAAAUAAAGAAUGAAAUUAUACAAAACCUUUAUAUAGAUUCUGUGCAAUUGUGA